GGAGAAUUCCACAACGGCUGACUAAGGAAAAAUAUGCCCUUGGUAUCAUCAGCUUGGUCCCUGCCCUGAAAGAUCCACUCUCUAAGAAAGGCUAUGAGCAUUUCUAUGAUGCCCAGAGUGAAUCGGGCUUCCUGGCUUGGCGGCUCAAGACAAUACAACAAAGACUAAGCUUCGCCCUAUGUUAUCUAGCUCUUCUAGUGCAGAAGUGGUGACAGGAGAUGGUCCAACACUCAUCAGGAGUAUAAACAAAGAACAUCAGCUUCAGGAUGAGCAGUGCAAAGAGGCUAUUUCCUUGAUGACCCAUACCAAUGAUCGGGAGACCAUAUUCCAGAAGAUGCGAGAGACAUUUGAGUAUAGACAGAGGCUUGUCCACAACCCUGGAAGAUCAGCGACAGUCUUGUCUGUGUUCCCAAGACUGUUGGACACAAAAGGAUUGAUUCUUCAAGACUUCAGCCUUCUCUUUGGACCUGAAAUAUCUGCUAGACUUCUGGAAUGGUGGCCAUCAUACAAACCUAAAUUGAUAAAGGAGGCAUCUGCGCUUGUUUCAACGCCAUAUCUGGAACAGCUUUUACAGUCUGCCAGACAGGAGCAAGGGGAAUCAUCUGUAGACAGCUCGAAAGUUGGGACAGUGAUAUGUCUACUUUACUCCUGCUGUUGCACAUCCUGUCACCUCAGCCAGCUGGGAGAAAGAGGACUAAUAAGAUCAGUGCACGUCAAGCCAUGGACCACCUAGUAGAUUUUCACAAGUCAUGCCGGAGUCUUGAAGAGCAUUUGGAUGUAGAUGAACAUCGGCAGCCAUAUCUUCUUGCUUCGAGAACCAGCAGACGAGCUAUCAACAGUUUCUACACUGUCAUGGAUAAAAAACUAAUCUCAUGCCAAGGAAGCACAUCACUUGCAGCGUUUGAUGAGCAUUUCAAGGUCCACUUUGUUUUUAGUUAAAAUUAUGAUGAAGCACUUCACAGCAUGUAUACUUUCAUCCAGACCACUGUGUUUGGUAUUGAUGUGGGAGCCACCAAAGAGACUCCAAAAGUGAAGGAAUUGUGAGCCAAGUUAAUGAAUGAUGUUUAAGUGUUACGUUUGUAGGACACUUCAUCAUUCAGGUGGAGUAUUGAUUCGACAUCUCAAACUAUCACAUGGUUUAUAUCCUGGCAAAAAGUUCAAAUUGUCAUGUGCGCAGGAUGGUUGUUGUUUGGAGUUUAAAAGUUACUGUGGUUUCAGAAGACACCUUAAACUUUUUCACGGUGACAGUAGUGAUACUGAACCUCCGAGUUGCUCUGAUGAGCCAACAACUUCAACUGUGAUCACAUCUGUAGGUAUGCCGGUUCUGCCUAUGAAUGGACCUAACAAUGCAUCUUUUGGAACACUGAACUCACAACAAGAUUUUGCUGAUCUUAUGGAUUGUUCAGUAUCCAAAGAAAUGUGUGCUUCUAUUAUUGCCAAGUUGCAGGGCAGUGGUGUUUCAAACAAUGUUAUUUUGUCUGUUGUAGAAAGUUUGAAAGAAUGUUUGAAUGAUGUUCAUACAUUUAUUAGAAGUAAAAUCUUGAAGGUAGUGCCAGAGUGUAACCCAAUUAGAAUUGCAGUAGAAAAUGUGCUUGUCAAAUUGCAGAAUCCCUUUUCUGAUCUAAACACCGAUAGCAAAUGGAAAAAAUAUUUUUGUGCAAAAUGGGGAGUUGUACAACCUGUGGAGGUGCACUUAGGAGUAAGAUAUGAUUCCAAGAGAAAUAGAAGGUCUGGAAUUUACGAACAGGUACCAGUCAAUGACACUUUUAUGUACAUACCAUUGUUUAAAACUCUGGAGUUUAUUUUCAAGAAUGAGAUAAUUUGCAGCCAUGUCCAGUCUUCUACAUUCAGUGAUAUAUAUUCUGACUUCUGCGACGGUGCUUACUUCAUGAGUAAUCCAUUGUUCUCAUCUUUCAAACAUGCUCUGCAUAUUCAGGUUUAUUACGAUGAUUUUGAAACUGCUAAUCCUUUAGGAUCUAAGCAGGGUGUGCAUAAGCUUGGAUGUUUGUAUUUCACACUUAGAAAUCUUCCACCAUAUCUCAAUUCUUCUCUCAUGAACAUACAUCUCAUUUCCCUGUUUCACUCACAAGAUGCCAGAAAGUAUGGCUUGGAUAAAAUACUAAGCCCUUUUGUAGAAGCUUGAAAUGUGUGGGAUGAAAGUGUCAUUUUCUGAAGAACCUCUUUAUGGAACAGUAUCACAGAUUACGGGUGACAAUUUAGGAAUAAAUGGUAUUCUUGGCUAUGUAGAGUCUUUCAGUGCCCACUACUUUUGCAGGUUGUGUAUAACAGACAAGGCCACAGCUCAAACAGUAUUCAGUGAACAUGACCCAAGAGUUGUUUUGCGGUCUAAAGAACUAAAUGAACAGCAUUACAAAAAUCUUGAGGAUUCUGGGGAAAGUUCAUGUUAUGGUAUAAAACACAACAGCAUUCUCAAUUAGUUUAAAUAUUUUAACAUUGCAGAUAAUGUGGUAGUAGAUGUAAUGCAUGACAUCCUUGAAGGUGUAGCACAAUAUGAACUAAAGCUACUGUUUUAGUAUUUAGCAAAGGAUUUAAUUUCCAGUGAAAACAUCCUAUUGAGAAUUUAUGCAUAUAGCUAUGGCUAUUUAGACCGUAAGAACAGACCAACAAAGAUUAACAUGCAGUGCAAUGGACUUGGGCUCAAUGCUAGCCAAACAAUGUGUCUCUUGAGAAACAUUCCACUUAUAUUUGGCGAUGUUGAUCCAGAGGAAGACAACCAUUGGAAUCUACUUUUACUUCUUCUUGAUAUUGUAAAUAUAAUCUUCUCUCCUAACAUCACAAAUGACAAGAUUUGAUAGAGGGAUUUCACCUGUAGAAAUCUGGAAACUUUACACAUGAUAAAAUCUAUUUCUGA